GGGUUCUGCGCGGCCGCCGGCGCGCUCUGGAUCUACCCCACCAACUACCCGGUGCGCGGCUACCAGCUGCGCAUGGCGGGCGCGGCGCUGCUGGCCAACACGCUCGUGUGCCUGCCCACGGGGCUGGGCAAGACCUUCGUGGCCGCCGUGGUCAUGUACAACUUCUACCGCUGGUUCCCCUCGGGCAAGGUGCUCUUCCUGGCGCCCACCAAGCCGCUCGUGGCGCAGCAGAUGGAGGCCUGCGCCCGCCUCAUGGGCAUCCCGCCGCGCCACAUGGCCGAGAUGACGGGGGGAACCCAGGUCUUCAGCCGGAGGGAGCUCUGGGCUGCCAAGAGAGUCUUCUUCCUCACGCCGCAGAUCAUGGUGAACGAUCUCUCCCGGGGAACCUGUCCAGCCGUGGACAUCAAGUGUUUGGUCAUCGAUGAAGCCCACAAAGCCCUAGGGAAUCACGCCUACUGCCAGGUCGUGAAGGAACUAAGCAAAUACACAAAUCAGUUUCGGAUCUUGGCCCUGAGUGCCACRCCAGGCAGUGACACGAAGGCUGUGCAGCAAGUUAUUUCCAACUUGCUCAUUGCGAAGAUAGAGCUGUGCACUGAGGACUCCCCAGAGAUUCAGCCUUAUUCUCAUGAGCGGCGUGUUGAAAAAGUUGUUGUUCCACUCGGCGAAGAACUGGUAGGAAUUCAGAACGCUUACAUCCGGGUGCUAGAAACAUUUGCUGGCCGCCUGAUUAAAAUAGGAGUUUUAGCGAGGCGGGAGAUUCCCAGCCUUACCAAGUAUCAGAUAAUUCUAGCAAGGGAUCAAUUUAGGAAGAACCCUUCUUCACAAAAUGCGGGAAUACUACAAGGCACAAUUGAAGGAGAUUUUGCACUUUGUAUUAGUUUAUAUCAUGGUUAUGAGCUGCUGCUGCAAAUGGGAUUACGAUCAUUAUUUAUCUACCUUUGUGGAAUUAUGGACGGAUCAAAAGGAUUAACUCGUACAAGAAACGAACUUGGUCGCAACGAGGACUUCGUGAAGCUGUAUGAGCAGCUCAGAGCCAUGUUUUCAGACGCAUCUCUGACUCCAGCGAACGGGAGUCUGCACAAGGACAGACCAGUGUCUGAAAACAAAAAAGAAUUCAUUUACAGUCAUCCAAAAUUAAGGAAAUUGGAGGAAAUUGUAGUAAAGCACUUUGAAUCCUGGAAACAAGGAUGUUCUGGUCAAAGCACGUCUGAAAACGACUCGAUGGAUACCAGGGUAAUGAUCUUCUCGUCGUUUCGAGAUAGCGUGCAGGAAAUCGCGGAGAUGCUCUCACGGCUCCAUCCUGUUGUGCGAGUCAUGACCUUCGUGGGCCAUUCCACAGGGAAGAGCACCAGAGGCUUCACCCAAAAGGAGCAGCUUGAGGUGGUCAAGCGCUUCCGCGAAGGUGGCUAUAACACCCUGGUCUCCACCUGCGUUGGGGAGGAAGGCCUAGACAUUGGAGAAGUCGACCUCAUCAUCUGCUUCGAUGCGCAGAAGAGCCCGAUCCGCCUGGUGCAGCGGAUGGGCCGGACGGGGCGCAGGCGGCAGGGCCGCAUCGUGGUGGUCCUUGCGGAGGGGCGGGAGGAGCGGACUUAUAAUCAAAGCCAGUCGAACAAGAGGAGCAUUCACAAAGCUAUCGUGGAAAACAAAACUCUUCACUUUUACCAGCAUAGCCCACGUAUGAUUCCAGAAGGCAUAAAUCCAAAGCUGCAUAAAAUGUUCAUCACCACAGAAAAGCAUGAGCCAGACGAUUCAAGAGUGCUCUCCAAAGAGAGGAGAUCCAGCUCUCUCCAGAAUAAAUCUGCUCUCUUUUCCUGUGUCACUGGCACUAAGGAAACACACAGUCAUGAGAACUGGUCUCUGUCAUCCGAGGAAUUUGAAAUAUGGGACAGACUUUACAGGCUUAAAGAAAGUGAUGGAGUUAAGGAAUUGAAAUUGCCCCCAAUUCGGUUUGAAACCUUAGAAAACCUGGAGGAAACACCAAAGCCUGAAGAGGAGGGAACUCGUGAACUGUCCUUGUCCGAGUGGAGAGUUUGGCAGAAUCGCCCUUUCCCUACCUCUAUGGUUGACCAUUCGGAUCGUUGCCACAGUUUUAUUAGCAUCAUGGAAAUGAUAGAGCUGAUGAGACACGAACAGGGAGAUUGCAGCUAUGAACGGGAGAUUCGGCCUUACUUAUGCAUUGAAGAURUUAAUGUCCGAAGGAAUGGAAACCCUUUUUGCAAGCCCAGCUCCGCAUCUGAUCUGAAAGCACAAUCAGCUAGAAAAACCCUGGUUCACAGGUCAAAAACAAAAGCACUUUUGCCUUACAYAAAUGAUACUGAGAAUGAAUUCAUUUCCGAUUUUAAAAUAACAAACACAAAGACACUCAGAACUUUGGGUGUAAAUUUGGAAGUGCCUGUGGUGCCUACAGAACCUUGUGCUUUAGAUUCUUUCACAGCAAGAGGACUGGCGCUGGAUGAAAACACUGACCAGGGCAGCCAGGAAGAUGAUGAAAUAGAGAAGGUGACAUUUGACUUAAAUGAAUUUUCUGACUUAUGUGACAGCUGUGAAAGUGCUGUAAAUCAUGAAAAUGUCCUGGUAAAGGAAGGUAAAUCUGUAGAUAAAGCUUCCAGCUCGCUGGGCGCCAACCAUGCAGAUUCSGGUUAUGGUAGCUUUACAGUUGAGAAGUCACUUGUUUCUUCUGACUUAUUUUAUCUUCCCGAAUCACAUUCAUCUGCACCUGUGACAUCAUCUGAGGAAUCUGCUUGGUUAAAAGGUGUAUUUUCCAAUGUGCAAAGGCUUUUAUCACAAUCUCCUCCCCCUUUGAAUAAGCUUGAUGAUUUUGAAAGCUCCAUGGGAAGCGAAGAAGCAGCGAUUUGUCCUUUUCAAAAUGCUGGUCCCAGCAGUUCCCCAGACAGACUGCAGGACAGGGUCUUCCCUGCUUCUUCUGAAGCUGAUCGUUCGCCACGGCCGUUGGAAAAUCCUCCUGUGUUGAGAGUCACCCGUGAGCUGGACGUCUCUGUGAACGGCUGUCCUACAAAGACUGUGUUACCUUCUGAGGCCGCUGCUGCUACAGCCGAAGAGGAGCUUCACUGGAGUGACAGCUUUGAUACUGUGUUUGACAGCGAGGAACUCACAGAAAUUACAGAAAUACCUAAAAAAACACUAACAAUAAAUCACACUCCAGCAAAUAAUCCAUCAAAAGGAUGCUGCAUUCAGGAAGACAGAGAAGAUCUUCCAAUUAAUGAGACAAAAGUAGUUACUAAUGAAGAGAAGAGCAUACAUUUAUUUGAAGAUGAACACAUCUAUGAUGCAGGUGAUGAUGUUUCUGCUGCACAUGCAGAGCACUUGGUCCUGUCACACGCGGGGGAGGCUGCGCCUYGGCCAGCAUCAGGGGAAGGCUCCGAGUGCUGCUCGGAUGCCCUCGGCACCAGAGAGCCACCAGAGAGCCGUAAAAUCCGAGCCGCGGAGGUGACAGAGCAUGAGGAGGUGACAGAGCAAUUCCCAGAUGAUGAUGAUGAUCUGGGUGACUGUUCCCAAGAACUGUUUUCUGUUACCUUUGAUCUGGGCUUUUCUAUUGAAGAGUGCGAGAAUGAAAUCCUAGAAGAAGAAGAAGAUGCAAAUGCUAAUAAUGUCCAAAAAGCAACUGGUGGCAACUAUGCAGRUGUUAAAUCUGCUGAAGAGAAACUACUGAAUGAUACCUCCAGGCUUCAAACACCGCCCAAAUGGGACUGUGAAAGUCUGGAGAGAGCAGACAGCUUCACACCGUUGCGGUCGCCGAGUUGGAGGGCAAAGCACGUGGAAAUGCUGGGGGAUGCAACGGUGGCUGCUUGGAAGCCAGGAGACAGGAUAGGAAGGGGCUCGCCUGGAGCUUUGGCUGCUUCACUGCCUGCCCCAGCAGGAAGAAAGCUUCUGGCUGUUGAAGGAACAAGCAGUGAAAGUGAAGAAGAGGUUGUUAUCCGUGUCAAAAAUAGGAAAAAAGAAAAUGUUUUGAAGUCCCCUGAUGUGAGUCUUACUGCGGGGAGGGGGGGACAAGAGAAGCAAAGGCGGUGAGAAAGCCCAAACAUAGAAGCACAAGUUAUGAAUGUCAGCAAUUUUGAAUCACCGGUUCAUGCCAUCARGAAACGUAGACACCCGCUGAACACGUCAGAUGUGUCCAGCGAUGACAGCAUGGAUUUUCACAAGAACCCCAGGAGGACCCUGGAGAGCAGCACAGCASCCUGCAGGGAGAAACAGCUAAGGAGUGCGAAACGGCAAAAGGUCAAGAGCAACUUCACACGCAAGGAUGCGGCAAGGCAGUUUUUGGAGGAAGAAGCUGAGCUUUCCCAGCAAGAUGUGGAUUGUGUCUCAUCUGAUGAGAGUGAUGAUUCGGAGAAUGAGCUGGACUCUUCACUCGCCCAGUUUCUCAAUGAUGAUUCAGAGUUCACCCAAGUGUUAAAUGACUCUGAGAUGAAAGGCAUUUACUUGGAGUCGGUGCGUAGUCCGGCUCUUGGCAAUAGAUACAAAAUGGUUCACCGGGGAUUCAACAGCAGGGCCAUUUUCUCACAGAUUCCUGAGCAAGAUGAGGCUUAUGCAGAAGACAGUUUCUGUGUUGGAGAAGAGCAAGAGGAAAUUUGCCACAAAAGUGGAUCGAGCGAGGAGGAAGUGUGUGUUGAUUUUGAUCUCCUAAUCGGUGAGAGCUUGAAUAAGGGAAGAAAACAGUACCUCACUCGCCGUAGGAAAAAGCUGAACCAGGCCAAGAUGGGAGAGGGCUCGGCCAGCCCUGCGCCCAGGAAGAAACCUUCCCGAAUUAUYGUCCUGGAUGACUCCAGCGGGGAAGAAACGAGUGUCCAUGAGGAGAAGCCCAUGGGAAGGGGCUGCUGCAGGACAGAACAGGGAGAGGCUCAGUUACCCAGACCGUUGCCUUCGAUCCCUUCAGCACAGCACAAAGACAUUGCUGGAGAAGUUCGUGCUUGGCAGCUCCAGGAGAAUAAGAGUCAGGCCCUUCUUAGCCUGAAGGCUUCGGUGUCUGAAACGCUUGAUUUUCACCCAGAAAGUAGAGUCCAGAGCGGACGUUCCUCAUCAGCUGCCACUAAUUGUGAUUCCAGGAAAGAGGAUUUUGGUGCUGCUGAGGUGGAAAGUUCCUUGCAGAGCACCCGGACGAACCCCUCGGCUGCGGCUGCGUCCUGCGCUGCUGCUGGGAAGCCCUCAGGGACUCGCGCGAGCCUGGAGCCAAGAGCUCCCCUCUGCGUCCUGGCAGACAGUCGCGAGGUCUGCUCGGGCCCCGACGUCAUCUCUGCCCUGAAGGCAGCGCACGGCGUCAGGGUGCACGUUUGCUCCCUGAGCAGCAGCGACUACGUGGUGAGCAACCGCAUGGCGGUGGAGAGGAGAUUUCAGUCGGAAUUGCUGAACUCUGCCAACAGGACUAAGGUUAUCCAGAGGAUCCAGCGCCUGCAAAGCAUCUUUGAGAGGAUAUGCGUGAUUGUGGAGAAGGACAGGGUGAAAACAGGAGAAACAUCAAGAUUUUUGCAGCGGACGCAGCACUACGACGGGAUACUCUCCGCCCUGGUCCAGGCCGGGAUCCGAAUCCUUUUCAGCUCCUGCCAAGAGGAAACUGCCGCUUUGCUGAAAGAGCUGGCCUUGGUGGAGCAGCGGAAGAAYGCAGCCAUUGAUGUGCCGGCCGACGUGCAGGGCCACAGGCAGGAGAUGCUCAACUUCUACUUGACUAUCCCUAACAUCAGCUACUUGGCCGCACUCAACUUGUGCCACUCCUUUCACUCCAUGAGGAAGAUGGCCAACAGCUCCCCGCAGGACGUUGCCGCCGCGGCCCGUGUGAGCCAGCAGAAAGGGGAGGAGAUCGUCCGCUACCUCCGCUACGCCUUUGACGAGCAGAUGCUGCCCCAAGCCCUCCGCCCCAAAGCCAAGAGCUGAGGGCCCCGGCCUCCAGCCUGGGGCUGUUUUCUUUUAGCUGCACUUUAUACAGUUUUGAUUCUCUGUAAAAUAUGUAAAUAAAGCCCUGCGGAGGGAGCAGGGCAGCACCUGGGCCCACGUGUGGUUCCUCUCGCUGUGCACGGCCUUAUCCCUGCA